CUCUCAGGCUCCGUUCCCCACCCCUCGUUCCUCUGUCCCCUCUGGGAGUUGCAGCUACCAGCACCCCCUCUGUAGCGUUCCUGCGAAGGCCUCACUGAGUCCCAGCGCCCAUGCCUGCAGGUCCCAGGUGUCCUUGCAUUAAGUUCCUGCUGAGCAUCCCAGGCGUGCUGACACGCCGAGCCCUAUGUGGCUGCUUUUAGAUGUGCAGUCAAGAUGAAAAAUGACCAGUUUCUAAGAGAAAGUCAUCAGCCAGACACUGAAAGCCUUCUGGGAUGGGGCCCCAGGCCCAGCGCUGGCGCAGCGAGAACUUUGAGAGGCCCGUGGACCUGGAGGGCUCUGGGGACGAUGACUCCUUUCCCGAUGAUGAACUGGAUGACCUCUACUCAGGGUCGGGCUCGGGCUACUUCGAGCAGGAGUCGGGCAUUGAGACAGCCAUGCGCUUCAGCCCAGAUGUGGCCCUGGCGGUGUCCACCACCCCUGCGGUGCUGCCCACCACGAACAUCCAGCCUGUGGGCACACCAUUUGAAGAGCUCCCCUCUGAGCGCCCCACCCCAGAGCCAGCCACCAGCCCCCUGGUGGUGACAGAAGUCCCGGAAGAGCCCAGCCAGAGAGCCACCACCAUCUCCACUACCACGGCUACCACUGCUGCCACAACAAUGGGGGCCCCGACUGUGGCCACAGUGCCUGCCACAGUGGCCACCGCCGCCCCCAGCACCCCUGCAGCACCCCCUUUUACGGCCACCACUGCUGUUGUAAGGACCACCGGCGUACGGAGGCUUCUGCCUCUUCCACUGACCACGGCAGCCACGGCACGGGCCACUACCCCUGAGGCGCCCUCACCCCCUACCACGGCAGCUGUCUUGGACACUGAGGCCCCAACACCCAGGCUGGUCAGCACAGCUACCUCCCGGCCAAGAGCCCUUCCCAGGCCGGCCACCACCCAGGAGCCUGACAUCCCUGAGAGGAGCACCCUGCCCCUGGGGACCACUGCCCCUGGACCCACAGAGGUGGCUCAGACCCCAACUCCAGAGACCUUCCUGACCACAAUCCGGGAUGAGCCAGAAGUGCCGGUGAGUGGGGGGCCCAGCGGAGACUUUGAGCUGCCAGAAGAAGAGACCACACAACCAGACACAGCCAAUGAGGUGGUAGCUGUGGGAGGGGCUGCGGCCAAGCCAUCAUCUCCACCUGGGACACUGCCCAAGGGUGCCCGCCCGGGCCCUGGCCUCCUGGACAAUGCCAUCGACUCGGGCAGCUCAGCUGCUCAGCUGCCUCAGAAGAGUAUCCUGGAGCGGAAGGAGGUGCUCGUAGCUGUGAUUGUGGGCGGGGUGGUGGGCGCCCUCUUUGCCGCCUUCUUGGUCACACUGCUCAUCUAUCGCAUGAAGAAAAAGGAUGAGGGCAGCUACACGCUGGAGGAACCCAAGCAGGCGAGCGUCACAUACCAGAAGCCUGACAAGCAGGAGGAGUUCUAUGCCUAGUGGAGCCACAGUGCCUCCCUGCAGCCUCAACACCACCCUGCCGUCCAGUCCCCAGCCUGGCCUCACCAGCCCAAGCCUGGGACUGGGCCUGGAACCUGGCCCCAGUUCUUCUCUGCCCUCCCUCCCAAGGUCUGCCCAGGCUGCCAGCCUCACACAGAUCUUCCCCGAGGAAGAGGGGCUACUGCCAUCUGCCCCAGACUGUGCCCUUAUGAGCUCAUCUCUUGUUCCCCUCAUCCCUGCCACCAGUCUGGGGCUUCAGGACCUCAUGUCAGAUGGAUGAGAGGAAGAAAGCUCCUGAUUGGCUGGUGGUGGAAGAAAGGGUGGGGCUUGAGAUAGGCCUGAGCCCCAACUUGGCACCCACAGGGCUCACUGAGAUCUCCUUUUUGGGGCAGAGAGGCACUCAGACUGAUUUCCAGGACAAACAUUUGGUAAACACAGCCCUUGAAAUCAUCUAGACACUCACUGCAACCUCUUGCUCCUAUCCCAGGGCCUCUCUCUGCCUGGGUGAAAGGGUAUCCCUUGUCACCAGCCUGUUUUGUCCUGGUCUCUCUGGGGUUGUUGAAUCUCUCCUCUUGCCUGCCAAGUACACAUGUACCCCAGACUUCAUUUCUUUCUGCAUCUUCCUCCAAGAAACAGCUUCCUGAGGGUGCUGGGGCAGCCACUGGUGAGGAGGGGCUGCUCUGAUGUCCCUCCUAUGAGGGGACUCUGCACAGACACCAUUGCCCACACUGUCACACAUAUUUUCAUGCAGUCCCACACAAGACAAAAGCAUGCAAUGACAAAACCAUACGCAAUCCUGACUGCCCAGCCAAUCAAGACAUAUCACAGAACACACACAUCCUUCCAAGAAUGUUUGUCCUCAUGCAUCACUUACAUACCCCCAGACACUGCAAUGCAAGUCACUAGUCAUGGUCACAUGAUAGUGACAGUGUGGCCUCCUCCUACCCCCAGUAUACCCACCCUCUGGCACCACACACAUUAUCUCCAGCUUUCAGGCUCACUGGGGAGGGUGGAAUCGAGCCGGAACAAUCAGCCCAUAUUGGGUCCCCCUAAGUUGCCCUGUCAUACUCAGUUCCAUGCCAUGGUGCCCACACCAACCAUGCAGCCACCAACCCCAGCCAGUGUCAGACACAAUUCCAUGUGGAUGCACAGUCUCACUCCACAUGACCUGCUCUCAAUGCUGGAGGGAAACAGGCAGGCCCUUGCCUUUCUUGGAAAAAGUGUGGGGCCACAGCCCUUUCAGGGCAUUGCACACAGGUGGGCCUGGCCUCACUCCUACCUUCUUCCUCCCCACUGCAGUUGGCAAAGGGGGAGGUUUGGGGCCAGACCCCCACUGGCUGGCAGCCUGGGGGCUCCUCUAAGGCUGAGGAAGGAAAUUUGGCCCCAGGUUGUUGGGGGGUCUUGGGUCUCCCAGGACAGAAGGCCCAGGGCAGGGAGGGGGCAUGUGGUUGGGCUCCUUUCUCUCCCUGUGUCCCCUUCCUGCUCUGAGCUAGGGGGCUGACUCUGCCUCCCAGGACACAAGUCUCCAAAGUGCCUGUGAGGGCGGGCCCUCCGCACCCUCUGCCCUCUGCCUGGCCAGGCCAACCUCAGCCCACCUGCCCAGAGGCCCUCCCUGUGGGCACCCCCUCACCUAUUUGGCCAGACAGUUCUGGCUGCAGCUUCAGGGGCCAUGGCUGGAAGCAGCCCCUGCAAAUCCCUCAGGCCCUGAGGUCAGGGUUUGAGGGAUGAGACCAGGUGAUAGUGGGGGAGGGGUUACUUCCUUUGUUACCUAGCAAGUAGGGCUAUUUCCAUCGGUAUUUUAAAUGUGGGGUCACAGAUCUUCGGGGGAGGGCGUGCUUGGCAGGGGGCCUCUUGGAGCCAAAGGGAUGUGGUGUGAGUUGUGACUGGCUGGCACUCACACUCCCACCCCUCACCCACAGCCCAGAUUCAAGUCAGGAAGGCAGGUUUUAUUUCAGGGCCCUUUGCAAGAUGCCCUGGCAGCAGAUUUCUGCAGGAUGAGGGGUAGCAGUGUGUAGGCAGUGAGGGUGAGGUUCCGGGGGCUGUCCCACAGCCUGUCUUUUCCAGGCUGGGCUCCAUCUUCCAGUCCCAAAACCCUCCUUCACAGGGCCCAGAGGCUUGUGAGGAAGCCAGGUGGACCCAGCCUUAGAAGAGUGGGCAUGGGGGGCCCCCAAUAUCUGGAGGGGGUGGGUUGGCCUCAGUCAUUUUUGGAGCAGAAGGGCUGGGUCCUGGGGCCAGAGACCACAAGGCUCAGCCUCCCUACCCUGCUCCCUGGGGUGCUGCUGUCUUGGAGACCACAGCUCUGGUGAGACGGCCUGGGCAGGCCAAGGCUGAGAAACCAGGGAGGAUAGAGGAGAAAAGGGCUUGGGCCACCAGCCCCAGAAGGCGCCGGACCUUGGGUGGGAGACCCACCAGUUGGUGUAGGUUCUCUGUAGGGCUGGAGCCCGUGGUGGGGGUGGCCCCAGCAGACCUGGCUCCUCACAUCCCGGGGGUUGGCUUCUGAUUUGCGGCUUGGGCUCCUGGCACUGGCUUCUCUUCUCUGUGUCCUUAGCAUUUGAGAGAAGAGGCCAGGGGCCUUGUUCAUGGAGCCCUGGACCCAAGGCAGAUGUCCAGGCUUUAUCCUCGUGAGGUUGAAGAGUCUAACCAGCCCAAAUCUGCCCUGGCCAGCCUGACCAGGGCAAGGCAGUACGAGAGAGUUCAGUGAGGACUAGCUAGGGUUCUCCAAGGUGCAAUGCCGAUGCAGGGCCCUCAUGUACCCCUACCCCUGCCUGUGAUGGGGUGUUCUGAGGGGCUUUGGCAUUUGCUGGAAGCACAGCGAGUUCCAAAUGAGAGGAAGCUUGUGUGGCUUGAGAGCCUUUGGGGCCUUGGCUGCCAGAGCACGAGGCAUGCCAGGACGUGGAGAGCCCAGGCCCUGUCUCCAGGGGGCCAGAUGGGGCCUUGCCUGAAAGGCUGAUCCCCUUGAUUGCUGGAGGUGUGUGGGUGGCAACCAGGGCUGGGCAGGGCUUAGGGUGUGUGGACCAAACCCCUCUAGGGUUGGCAAAGCUGCCUGUCAGGCCUCCAGGUGGGGGCCCUUGGACGCAGGGAGCAGACCCUCUGCCUCGCAGGGCAGGAGUAGCUGCCUCCUGGGUUCUCUGGAUUUCUUCUCCCAACAACUACAACCCUGAACUUGCCUCCCCAGGCCUCUUGCCUGUAAAUAGAAGCCCGCAAACUGUACAGAUUUUCAGAGGCAUCGAGACUGGGCCCCGGGAGUUGCCAUCUGAGAGCCGAUGGCCCCAGCAUCCCCCAGGUGCCUGCCUGGCACCACAGUGACCCUGGCCUCAGCGUGGCAAAUGCAUGUAAAUAUUUUUCGUAGGCGGCGUGGCUCCAGAGAGCCCCCUGAAGACAGUGUCCCUCCCUCUGGUGAGUCCUUUCUCCUGUACAGAACUGGCCGGGGCUGGGUGGGAGUCUGCCGUUCCCUCCCCCAGGCCUUCCCUGCCCCUUCUCUCCCCUGUAACCUGUUUAUUAACUGUACCUGUCCUGAGUUCAUGGCCAAAACCUUAAAUAAGGAAAAAGACAGUGGAAAAAAGAGACCAAGGCGCCUGCCCCGCUGCGGGUACUCACCUGUUCCAGCCUUGUGAAGGAACUGGUUUUGUUUUUGUUUUUGUUUUUUUUGUUUUUGUUUUUUUUGUUUUUUGUUUUUUAACACUUCCCGUGCUGUGCCCAUUUAUAAGAGGAAAUAAAAUUAAGCUGAAAUG